CGUACACUAGGUGGCGGUAUGCACCGUUCCAACAACCCACCAUAACGCCACAAGACGAAGAAGCAGCUAACAGGAAGCCGAAUACAAUAAUGAGGACAGGCGCAGGAAUUGGAAAAGAGUAACGAGUCCAAACGUUGCUCUUUACUGUCGUUACAGCUCCCCUUGAUACAGCAUCCUCUUCAUCCUCCUCGCCACAGGAGGAACAAGCAGCCAGCCACCUGUGUAUGAAGACAAGUCACAGGCAGCUAUGUCUUCAGCGGUGGAUCUUAAGACCAAGGAGGAGAAGGAUGCAGAGUUAGACAAACGAAUUGAAGCUCUGAGAAAGAAGAAUGAAGCUCUGGUCAAGAGGUAUCAGGAAAUAGAGGAAGACAAGAAGAAGGCAGAGCAGGAGGGCAUCGCCGUGACAACACCUCGGAAACCCCGCCCCCACGAGCCAGAGACGGACAGGAGGAAGACGGACAAGGAAAACUUCACUGUCACAGUCGACCUUUCGAAGCAGUCGGGGGACAAGAGAGUCGUGAACGAUUGGAAAUCCGGAGUGCCUCGCGGCCGGAAGACCUCAGAGGAGAGCGACAGCCACCGAGGAGGGCCAAACGACGGCCACCGAGGAGAGCCAAACGAUGGUCACAAAGGAGAGCCAAAUGACAGCCACCGAGAAAGGCCCAAUCACGGCCCCCGAGGGCCCAGCGACAGCCACCGAGAAAGGCCCAAUCACGGCCCCCGAGGGCCCACCGACAGCCACCGAGAAAGGCCCAAUCACGGCCCCCGAGGGCCCAGCGACAGCCACCGAGAAAGGCCCAAUCAUGGCCCCCGAGGGCCCAGCGACAGCCACCGAGAAAGGCCCAAUCAUGGCCCCCGAGGGCCCAGCGACAGCCACCGAGAGCCAAAUGAUGGUCACCGAGGAGAGCCAAAUGAUGGCCACCGAGGAGAGCCAAAUGAUGGCCACCGAGGUGAGCCAAAUGAUGGACACCGAGGGCCCAGCGACGGCCAUAGCCCCCCAAGGAGGAUGGGGUCUGGACGAAUGAGUCGGGGAAGUCAGAGAGGAGGAGGAGGCCGCAAUGAAAGAAGAGAAUGGGAACCCAGGACACCUAGAGAUGGAGAACCUGGGGAGUUAGUAGCACAUGGACGUAGAGGAGGAAGGAGAGGAAGAGGAGGAGGCGAGGGAAGAGGAGGAGGCGAAGGAAGAGGAGGAGGCGAAGGAAGAGGAGGAGAAGGAGGUGGGGGAGGUGGAGAAGGAGGAGGGACACCAGGUGGCAUGGACAGGAAAUCCAAGGAAUGGGAGGAGAAGAGACGACAGAACAUUGAGAAGAUGAAUGAAGAAAUGGAGAAAAUAGCAGAGUAUGAGAGAGGACAGCGGCAGGAUGGAGACAAGCCGAUCCGAAACUUCCUGGACGACCCGAGACGUUCAGGCCCAGCGCCAGACAUAGACCGCAAGGAGGGCAGCAGGAGACAUGUACGAAACUGGGGAGGACUGGACUUUGAUAACGUGAAGACAGGAGCUGAACUGGAAAAAGAGUGGACCAGUCGAAGGCCCGGACAGAAAGGCUCUAUGGACAUGACCAUGUCAAUGACCGGCCGGGAGAGAGCCGAGUACCUGCGCUGGAAGAAGGAGCGCGAGCAGAUUGACGAGGAGAGACUAGCACGCCAUCGUAACGCCACAGGCCAGUGGAGACGAGAGUGGGACGCACAGAAGACAGAGAACAUGUUCAAGGAGGACCCAUAUGGGGCCUCAGAGGGCAUCACACCCGAACAAGGCAGCAGGAGAGCCCGGGGGCGUAACUCUCGUACAGAGCCUCGGGGCAGGGCCUCAGACGACAGUAAGCGGCCUCCUAAAGCUCCGACCAUUGGCGACUUCCUGUCCCAGGGCAGGACCCCAGGGCAGAGAGUCGAGCGGGGCAGAGGUAGGGGCCAAGGACAGAAACCGAGCUACAGCAUGCACGACAACCGCUGGGAAGGAGAGAAAGAAGAGGAGGACAAUACAAAGAGAGAGGAGAAGACCAAAAAGGAGGAAAAGGAAGGAAAAUCCAAACCUCCCACAGCACAGAAGGUGGAGUCCAAGAAUGGAGACGGAGAAGAUGACGACGAAGAAUGGGAGGACGCCAGUGACGGAGACGACGACGAGGGGAGCGACUCGGAGCACGACUCCAGGGGCGACGAGAAGAAAGACACCGGGAAAGAGAAACCAACCAAGAGCAAAGACAACUCCCGUACACCUCCCACGCCUCGUUCCCGACGGACGUCGGUAGGAAGCCCCAAAGAGCAGCGGCCCCCCAGGCCCAAGAUCCACAUCCCCCCACCGUCGGCAGUUCAGGAGUCACCAGAGGGAGGCAAGCCCCUCAGCCCUUUCUACCCACUGGACGGCCACCAGCCUGUGUCAGACUGGGGGGAGGAGAUGGAGAUGCUAUCGCCCCGGAGCAGCAUGGAGGGCGAGAGCCCACUGAAACCCCCCAGCGUUGAGGCCAGCCCCCCCCAAAAGAAGGAGCAGGAGCUGCAGGAGGAGACAGAGAGCCAAGCUGCCGGCUCCGGUGAACCCGCUGAGCCACAGAAAGAGGAGGACCCAGCCAUAGAUAUUUCCUCUCCUUCAGAAAAGACUAAAGCCCAGCAGACCGUGAUAGUGUCAGAACCAGAGUCCGUCCCCACAGACUCCCCCACCGCACCGCCAUCUGACCCCGCCCCCUGUGAGGUUUCUGACCCCGCCCCCUGUGAGGUUUCUGAUCCCGCCCCCUGUGAGGUUUCUGACCCCGCCCCCUGUGAGGUUUCUGACCCCGCCCCCUGUGAGGUUUCUGACCCCGCUCCCUGUGAGGUUGCUGUGUCGAAUGACCAGGAUGCACCUGCUGCCCCAUCACAAGAAGACCAACUGGACACCCCUCCUCCGUCUCCAGCCGUCCUGGAGGCGGACCAGAGCUCCUCUGACCCAGCAGGAGGGAAAGAUGACGACCCGGCGCCUGCUGCUCCGAGCAACGCUGCUCCGACAGCAGAGGCAGUGGAGUCCUCCGAGCAGACAUCCUCAGGCUGAAGCUGCUGGGAACAAACGGACUCACUUCUGAGGCGGAUGGAAACAUGAGAUGGACUGUGCCGUCGCCGUGGACGGACCUCUCUCUCUCUCUGUCUCUUUCUCUCUCUCAGCUGUGUCUUUUGGAUCAGUGGGUCUGAUCACCUCUGGGCCGCCGCCAUGCUCUGUCUCUCUCUGUUAAGUAUUAAGAUAUGAAGAGUGAAAUCGGCGUCAGUCGCUGGUUUUCAAAAUGUUUUGUUCUCACCGUGGAGUCUCAAGGUUUUCUGGGCUGGUAAAAUGAACGGAGCGUCAUUUGAUUUUGUCAAAUGACCACACGUGUAGAUAUGUUUUCACCGAUCAUUUAAGAAAAAUGACACACUCAAAAACUUCAAAGAAGUCGGCGACAAGCCAAAUCUCCCCUCUUAUAGAUUUUAACUGUAUUAAUUGAGCCCAUCAAGCCUGGAAGCUGGAAUUGGCCGACCUUCCCUUCUCCGGUCCAAAUCUUUUUUGACCGGAGAAGGGGAAAUGCAGAUGCGGUUGACCUGGUGGUCUGUAAGAGGUGUUUUAGGUGAUGAUAACAAUUGUGGUUUGAAGCACUGACAUGUUGUAGGCUGAUCCAUUCUGAUGCGCAGUCUUUUGCCCAUUGAUAACACCCCUAAACCAGGCAGAUGCCUGCUGAGCCGGGCCAGUCCACGCUGAAUGAAGCAGGAUAUGCGGGCAGGUUUCGCAAUGAACUUGUACUGUAUGUAGAAAACUCACAACACCAAGCCCUACCUGACCUGAGAUUAUUAUAUAGAAGCUUUCAGAGGACCAGUUUGGAGGUCCACAUGUUUUUAUUAUUUUAAACAUACCGCUCAGCUGCCUCAGGAGCAGAACAGACGUGGCUCAUUUCUGUGUUUUGGCUGGAAAAUAAUCCCUUCAUUAACGAUUGAUUGGAUUAAUUCAGCCUCUUAACUAGUGCCAGCUUAUUCAUGAGUUAACCAUAGCAUGUGGCGACCUUCUGUCUUGUUGUAAACAAGUCUAACAUAUUUAAUAGAAGCUUGUGUUAACAGCUGCUACUACUGUAGCUAUAUUUUUAAAGAGUACUCUCUUUAAAGAUUUAGCGCUGAACACCAAUAACGUUACCCACAAUGCAAUUUGACCACCGACAAGAGGUAUCGCAGAUUAUCAGAUUUUGUGCAGCUCCCCCCGGAGCAACAUCUGUAAACAGACUUUUGAUGUGUAAUAUCGGGGGAACACCUUUUUUAUUAUUAAUUGAGUUGCGAGUUUUUGUUUGUUGGUUACAAGUCCCAGUGUUGGAUUAGAGACUAAAACAAGACCGCGUUAAUUUUAACCUCCACCGACAAAACAAUCUUUUUAUUUUAAAACUUGACUCGUCACGCCUCUCGUUGCAGUUGCGCUAAUCUUUUUGUUGCAACUUUAAAGCUUCGGCUGUGAGUGAUUUCCAUCUUGUGACUGUUUUCAAAUCUCAGUGAUCACCAUUAGGUUGCAUUCACACCAAAUCAGGCAUUGCUGCGGAAAUGCCAGUCCUCUCAUUCAUUUGAAUGUGGGUAGUGCCAGGGGACCGCAAGGGAUGUUUAAAAAAAAAAAAAAAAAAAAAAAAACCUGCACGGGCAAAAGUUGAAACAGAAUGAAUUUUAUGGAGAACUGCAACCCGACGUCUCGCUGCAGUGGCCAAUCGCGUAAACCCGUGAUCAAAUAAAAACAUAACGGAGUGUUACGUUAUUAUGUGUAGUCACUCAAUUUGGCCUAAUGCACCAGUUUCAAACCUAACGUAAUGAAAGACCUCACAUCCUGGCUAGCUGUCUAAAGUAGAUGUUUUCUUAAUUUGUCGAUGCGGACAGACAAUCACUCGUAGGAACCAGCAUACUUGCAGCAUAACUAAAUGCUACCGUAGCACCUAGGAAACAGUGAAUGCAGUCUAAUUAGUAGUUAGUGUUCAUGAUGCAGAGAUGGGACUACAGCCUGCAUUGCUCUUUGGUUUUAUUUUGUGGCUUUUACUUAUUGGGACAUGGAAAUAGUUUUUAUAUCAGACCCACUGACAUCGGGACACACUAAAGAUCUUUCAAAAAUAAGAAUCUUCACCCUGACUGUUUACAUGAGCUUCGCAGCAGGUAUAUCGUGAUGUUUUAAGUGUAAUUUAUUUUUUAUGUUUUGCAUCAGAGCCAGCUGUGCAGGCCUGCUGUUGUUGAAUAACCGACUUCAAUGAGCAGCCAUUCAUCUGAGAUGUUCUCACCCAGAUUAACUGAUUAAGAUGUGUUGCUUGAGGGCACUUUGCUACAACAUCCCCCUCGUCUCAAAUCCAUCAAAAUACCUAUUAUGUACUUAGAGGCGGCGGUCCAUUUUGCGUGUUUUUAAAUUAUUUAAUUCACAAUCAUGAUUACUAAAAAGAUGUGACUUUGAUUUUCUCUGACGCAGACUGCGCUGUCAUUUUGUGAAUCCUCACUUCUAGAGAGAAAUCUGUUCAUAUCUGUUUGGGAAGAGUUCCCCUCUCUAUAGGGGACACACUGCCUUUUUAAUUGUUUUUAAAAUCAAGGAUCUCGCUUUACGUUAUGAGUGUUAUUGGCUUUACGUUAAAUAUAUAUAUUUUUGUUUAACAGCCAUGUUUUGAGAUCAUAACUGUCUCUUAUUUAGAAAGACAGAGCCGUUUUAUUUUGGUAUGAAAGCCUUCACUCAUACCUCAGCAAACCAAGGGCUUUUGGUUCGUUUUUGAGUGUGCUUGGUUUCUGCAAAGUCUUUGAACCAUGCCUGUGGACACUGGGAUAAAUGGGUUGCUUUAAUGUUUUUGUGUUCUGUAUCAGAGGAAUAGAAAUUAUGCAUUUGGAUCGAAAGGAACGGCAAUAUGUACAGUUUGUAAAUGGAAAUGAACAUUCCACCUUUGGGGCAAAAUGUAGCCUGUGAGCUAUAAAAACUUCUUUUUGCAUAUGGAUAUUUGUUUUUCUGAGCUUCGAUGACUGAUUGUAACUUAGGCAGGAGAAAUUUCAACGUGUUAAUCUAUUUCUACCACGUCUUCCUGUUUGAUACAUGAAAUUGUUUUAAGAACUAACAAGGUUGUGGUUUUCAGAAAGAUUAUCAGGACUAGCAUGAAUCCAAAAUUUUAGCUUUUUAAUGUUAUCAAAGCCAUCAAUUAAAUAAAUGUCCCCAACAUCACAUCGGAGAGAGCCCUAAUGUUUGUACCCACAUGAAAUGUAAAGCACGCAGUUGCUUUUAGCAGUUUUUGUUUCUCCUAUUUAGCCAAUAAAUGUAUUUCUCUGA